AUGAAUUUGCGCGCGACAACACAGCUCAUCUCCGAACACCCAAAUACUGAGCUUCCAAACCAAGAGAUUCUAGACCAAGAGACUCUAAACCAGGAGACAACAGCUUACCUUCGAAUUCUCCCUCUCCAAGAGCGCCUUGCUGUCGAAGCCCUUCUACAAUCUUCCAAAGAGGAGGCAUAA